ACUUUCUUAGCCACUAUAUCCUCAACCCCACCACCCUCUUUUCACAUCUCUCUCUCUCUCUUUCUGUUUGCAAAGUCUUUAGCUCUAAACCUCUUCACAGGCAGAGAGAGAGACCAGAGAAGCCAUGGAAAGGCUUCUAUACUCUUCAUCUCCAACCCCUUUCAAGCUGAUCUUAAAACCCUGCCCAUUUGUCCCUCGACUCGCUCGAGUUGACUCGGCAAGACUCGCCUUUUCACCACUAACUCGGGCCGAGUCGAGGCGAGUUGGCUCGUUCUCUUGCAAAAACGAAAACCCAUCUCCCUUUUCUGCUUGUUCAUCGUCUCCAUUGGAUAAUUUACAUGCUCUGCCUUCUUCUCCGGUCGGGUCGCCAAAUGGGCCGGUGCCAAAACCCAAUUUGCUUAAACAGAUCGCAGUUGGGGCAUCUGAGAAACGAAAGGCAAUCACUGCUGGUACGUGUAUGGCACUCUCUGCUCUCAUUAUGAUCUUACUCCAGCCAGUUUUUGCGCCAGCAGCUUUUGCAACCUUCCAAAGCGCAGCUAAGGCAGGGGGUCCUGCAGCUGCUGCAGUUGGGCAAAGACUGAUCCAGACUGAAUUACUAAGUAGUGCUUGGACCGGCUUCUUUGCUGGUUGCUUACACACACUAUCAGGACCUGACCACCUUGCUGCUUUAGCUCCACUCUCUAUUGGUCGUACCCGAAUGGAAAGUGCUGCUGUUGGAGCCCUUUGGGGGUGUGGCCAUGAUGCUGGUCAGGUUAUUUUUGGCUUACUAUUUCUACUGCUAAAGGAUCAGCUCCACAUUGAAGUUCUCCGAAUUUGGGGCACAAGAGUUGUGGGCAUUACCUUACUUGUUAUUGGUGCUAUGGGCAUUAGGGAGGCUUCAGAAGUCCCUACUCCAUGUGUUGCCUUAGAAAAUGGUGAGUGUGAUGUUAAUGUUUAUGAAGCUCUCGACAACCCAGCAGUUGGGAAGAAGAAAGUCGGUUUUGCAACUUUUGCCACAGGGAUCAUCCAUGGGCUCCAACCAGAUGCAUUGAUGAUGGUCUUGCCAGCUCUUGCUUUGCCUUCCCGCUUAGCUGGAGCUCUAUUUCUAGUUAUGUUCUUGGUUGGUACUGUGGUUGCAAUGGGAAGCUAUACAGUCUUUAUUGGCUCAUGUAGUCAAGCAUUAAAGGAUAGGAUACCAAGAAUAACUGAAAAACUCACAUGGGCUGCUUCCCUUGUCGCAAUUGUUCUUGGAUUUGCCAUUAUCAUUAGCCAGUUUUUCGGGUAUAGCCUAUACUAAUAAACCUACCAACUUUGGAGAUUCAACAUUUUGCCUCCUUAAUGUUAGAAAAAGAGCUCAGAAAGGAUCAUUCAAUUUGUUUCAGGAAAAGUACGUCUGCACAGCUUCUUUGCCUCUCAGAAUCAGCCUCUUAAUAUUAUCUUCUUUUGCUUUUGAAGGUUUUUUCUUUGUAUGAAGGUUGAAACUUUUAACAUACAAGGGAAACUAGUGAGUUUGAGAACUUUUACGUAAUUCUUUUAUGGUAGAUUUCAGAUUGUUUUAACAACAUGGUUUUGAAAAUGUCUAAUGCUUGUGUUGUCUCA